AUGGCAGGCGACUGCACCCACAGCAGAGCUCACUACGCGCACACUGAGAGGUUUCCUCCAUCCAAAGCCUGGUCCGAGCAGGAUAGAGACAUGGACUCUGAAGGGCGUGGGCACCUGCGGCGACUGUCACCGAACUUUGAGGUCAUUGGUGGACUCUUGUACCGUAAAAAGCUCGAAAGGGGAUUUUUUAAUUACCGGGAGGUAUUGGAUGAAGACCGGAGACAAGAGGCCAUUGGUACUUUUCACCGGCGGCGUCCAGGCCAGCGGCAUCUCUCUUUAGAGGAGACCUACAAAAGUGUAGCUGAUAACUACUGGUGGGAUGGAAUGUACUUCCAUAUCAAAGACUUUGUCCUAAACUGUCCAGAGUGCAAGAGCCUGUGCAACAAGAAACCGGUGGGAUUGGGGAGCAGGGCUUGUGUCACCAAGACAGUAGCAUCAUACAGCAAUGAGUUGCUGACCAGGUUGAAGAGUCAGAGGGAUGCUGGACUCUUCUGUGACAUCACCCUGCGGACGAGUGGUCGCUCAUACUCUGCACACAGAGCGGUUCUAGCUGCUGUCAGCGACCACUUUCAGGAAAUAUUUACUGAGAUGGACUCCAGCAUCAAAGCUGACAUAGAUUUGACCGGUUUCAAUGAAGACAGCCUUGUAUCACUGCUGGAGUUCUCCUAUUCCUCCACUCUGUCUGUGCGACAGGAGGACCUCCCUGAAGUGGUUACGUUGGCUCGUCACUUGGGCAUGUGGCCCGCAGUGGAGGCCUGCUGUGCUCUCAUGAAGGAGCAGGAACGCCCGACUUUUACUCAUCACACACCCAUCCGUCCAUGUAGAAACCUGACCUCCAGCUUUGGCAACCCCUGUCAAGCACAAGACUACUUGCUUCGAGAAGGCAGGAGAAAAACAGGCUUUGGCUUCCCUGACAGUUUUUCUCUAACGCUGGAUGCAUCAAAUGAUUCUACAGAGUUAAGCCCCCGGCGCAUUUUACGUCAAACCCCAAAACGCCAAGUUCAUAAUGGCCUCCCUCUGAGUGCAUCUCCAAGAAUGAAACUUAUGGACUUUAAGUCCCCUUCAUCAAAGAAACCAACUUACUCUCCAGCCUCUUCUGCACACAGCCGUUUACUCCGCUCCACUCCGGGAGCUGCAAAAGAGAUCCAACGAUUGCUGCCGAUGUCUGAGAGCAGUCCUCAGUAUAAGAGAACUCACUCAACUUCUCAGCUCUCAAGAUCUUCUAGAAAUAAGCCCAGUACUGUGUGCAGCCCAGUGAGAGUGAAGCAGGAGGCCCCUGAUGUGGAAGAGGAUGAAGAGGAUUAUGAACGAGCACAAGAGAAGUAUCAGUUGAUGCAUGUUCUUGGGCUGCAGAGGACUGCACUCCUGCCCAGACCAGAAGAUCUGGUCGGCUGGAGACAAAAGAAAAGGCUAAGAAAACUAAAAGCCAACAAUUAUUCCCUUACCAAAAGGAGAAAACCCAGCGCCUCAACACCAGUGCUACCUUAUAAGGGCGUGACACUGGCACUUCCUCUUUGUACCCCGGUAAACGUUCACCUCCUCAGUAAAACUGGGAAGAGCAGAAUGCCCCGGUACAACAGCAGUCGCCCCACACAGAAGGCAAAGCUUAGACAAGAGUUCACUAGAGGGCCAAAGAUUGGUCGCAAAUCUGAAGACGAAGUCAAGAAUAAUGCGGCUGAUAAACAAAUCUCUGAUAAUGCACCCAAUUCCAUCUACAGUAAUGCGCUUUAUAAAGUCAUCAAGGAAGAGCCAGCAGACCCCAUCCCAGUGGGCCAGUUCUGUGAUCCUCCAUCCCCAGAUCUAGGCAAACGCCAAAGCAAGCCUCCCAUUAAACUUCUCGAUUCUGGAUUUCUGUUCAGCUUUUGUCGGUCUCCAGGAGGAUCCAUGGGACUGAAGAAGGAAGAAGAGAGCGUGGACAUCUGUCUUACGCGAUCAGUGGCCCGAUUUCGAGGGGAGGAGUCCCAUCACAGAGCACUGAGAGCCAGACCACCACCACUGGUGUCUCCAAUCAAGAAGGAGAGGGUGGAGAAAAGAAUGACCCAGCAAAACAAGACUAAUGCAAAGAAAGUGCUCAAGCUGCCCAAAUCUGCAGCACCAAAGGUCACCCUCAACAAGCCAAAGAAGGGCAAUGUGGCUUUGAGCAGCAGGAACGGAGUCAUAUUGGACCUGGUGCACAGAGCCAGGCUAAAGCAGCUUCGGGGGCCCCGGAGUCAGGCCCCCAAAGCCCCAAAGUCAGCCCAUGUCUGUCCACAGUGUCCUGCUUCCUACAUGGACUGUGACUCGCUCAUGACACAUCGUCUCAGACACGUGGAGGGAAAGCAUUGGCCAUGCCUGCUCUGCAGUAAGACCUUCUUUAGACUGAGGAAUGUCCGCAACCACAUCCGCACUCAUGACCCCAAGUUCACUGCUGAAAUUUGA